UCAGCCACCAAUCUUCGUGUCAAGCUGACUUUAAUUUGCUGAUCUUCUUCUAACUAGUGAGAAAACCAAGCUCCGACUCCUUUCCAACGUUCCUUCAAUGGCGUCCCAAUCGGAACAUAAAGCCACCGUAAUCGACGGCAAGCUCAUCGCUCAAACAAUCCGAUCAGAAAUCGCCGAGGAAGUCCGUCAACUCUCAGAGAAAUACGGCAAGGUUCCUGGGUUAGCUGUAGUAAUUGUGGGCAAUAGAAAGGAUUCUCAAAGCUAUGUGGGUAUGAAAAGAAAAGCGUGUGCUGAAGUUGGGAUUCAGUCCUUUGACAUGGACCUCCCUGAGCAAAUAUCUGAAGCUGAACUCGUUUCCAAGGUUCAUGAGUUGAACGCAAAUCCUGAUGUGCAUGGAAUAUUGGUUCAGCUGCCACUGCCAAAGCAUAUAAACGAAGAGAAAGUUUUAAGUGAAAUUAGUCUUGCAAAGGAUGUAGAUGGCUUUCAUCCUCUGAACAUCGGCAAACUUGCAAUGAAAGACAGAGAGCCGCUUUUCCAACCCUGCACCCCCAAGGGUUGUCUUGAACUUCUACAUCGAAGUGGUGUAAGUAUAAAGGGAAAAAGGGCAGUAGUUGUAGGUCGCAGUAACAUAGUUGGAUUACCAGUUUCCUUGCUUCUUCUGAAAGCAGAUGCCACUGUUACUGUGGUCCAUUCACGUUCUAAUGAUCAAGAAAGCAUCAUUCGUGAAGCUGACAUCAUUAUUGCAGCAGCAGGGCAACCAAUGAUGAUAAAAGGAAGUUGGAUUAAACCUGGUGCUGCAGUUAUUGAUGUUGGGACAAAUGCUGUCGAUGAUCCAAGUAGAAAGACAGGUUAUAGGUUAGUGGGAGAUGUGGAUUUCAAGGAAGCAUGUAAGAUAGCUGGAUGUAUUACUCCAGUUCCUGGGGGCGUGGGUCCAAUGACUGUUGCAAUGCUGCUCAAGAACACUCUGGAAGGUGCAAAGCGGGUUAUUGUGCAGUAGUGCUUCAAUUUUGUUCAAUUAUAGUUGAUGAUUUCGCUCUAUCCUAACUCAAGUCUCAUAGGAAAACAAUGUUUCCGUAAGUUCAGUGGCUAAUAAAUCAUAGCUUUUGUUCUGUAUUGUACUAUGUGAGCUUCAGAAUUUUCAAUCUUUGCAAAUUUUUGCAAGAGUAUCAAACUGAACAACUUUUAUUGUGAUUGGGAUGAAAAAUAAAUUAAGAAGCUAGCUUUAUCUGCUAGUGUGAUCUUUGUUAUCAGUAA